UAAAUAUUCAAAAUUUUGAUGUAUUAAAAACUUUGGAUACCUAUUGCAAAUGAUUUUAAAGCUUAAAAUGAUCAUUUGUACAUAUAAGGAGAAUUUACUAAAGAAAAUGGGAAGAUUAGAGUCUUAUAUGGUUAUGAUUAAUAUAUACUUUGCUCAAAAGUAAGAAAUAAAUAGGCUAUUUUAGAGAGACUUUGCACCUAAUAAGUGUUUAAAACUUGAAUUUGAUACAAAAUUUGAAAUUUUGAGAUAGCCUAUUCAAAAAAAAGAAGAAGAUGACGAUAGCUUAGGUGCAAUUAUAGGUUUACAAUUUAUGAGAGAUUGUGAUGAAAAUAUGAUGAAAUUGAGAUUAAAUGCAUCUGUUUAACAGAUUAGUGAAUGGCGAUUGUACUUAGGAGAAAGAAUUAAUUAAUGGUAAUUUCAUAAUAUGUUCAGAGUUUAUAAAAAAAUAGGUUAAGGAAAUUUUGCAUGUGUAAAUAAAAUUUUUAAAUAAGGUUUACUAAGCAGAAAGGAUAGAAGAUAAUUAAUAGAUGGCAAUUAAAGCUUUUUCAAAGUAAGCAAUAUAUGGAGAAGAAAAUGGAAAAAAUGCAAUAAUAAAUGAAUUGAAGAUAAUGAGGAAUCUAAAUAAUACUCAUUUAAUGAAAUUAUAUGAAGUUUAUGAGACUAAUAAUUCUUUGUAUGUAGCUUUGGAAUUAUUAGAAGGAGGAUCGUUAUAUGAUUUAAUUAAGGAUAAUUCUAUAAUAAAUACAAAGUCUAUAAAAUAGAUAAUUGUGGGAAUACUUUUAGGCCUUUAAGAAAUGCAUAAAAAAGAAAUUAUGCAUAGAGAUUUAAAGUUAGAAAAUAUAUUAUUUAAGAAACCUAAGUAUAGAACAUUAAUAAUAUAAUUUAGAAAGAUGGAAUCAGUUGUAAUUGCUGAUUUUGGAUUAGCAACAUAUGUAAAUGAAUCAGUUUAUUUAUAUUGUCGAUGUGGAACUCCAGGAUUUGUAGCACCGGAGGUUAUUAAUAUUAAGGAUAUGAAAUCUAAAUAUUCUUCUGUCUGUGAUAUAUAUAGUCUUGGAUUAGUAUUUUAUUUAUUACUUACUGGUAAAUCUGCUUUUAAUGGAAAAAGCUAUUCUACAGUAGUAAAAUAAAACAGAGAAGCAAAUAUUAAUUUUGAUAUCAAACAGUUAUAAAAUGCUCCUGGAUAUGCUAUUGAUUUACUUAAAUAAAUGCUCGAAAAAGAUCCAAAUAAGAGAAUAACUGCUGAGAAAUGUUUAAAUCAUCCUUAUUUAUUUGAUAUAGUUGCUUAAAUGAUGGAAUAAGAAAACUAAGAUUAAAGUUUCGAUGAAAUAGAUGAAACAAUUGAAAUUUAGUCUAUGAUGAAUAAAAUUAAUGAUGAGUAAUAUUUAAUAUGUAUCUUAGAUAUUCAAAAUUUGAUAAUACAAAAAAUGUUAAUUCUCCACUUUAAUCACCUAAAUAAUCACCAGGAUUAGUUUUGUAAAAGGCAAUAAAAUAAUAAAAAUUGAUUGAUUCUUAAAAGGCUUUUGGGGCUGAAUCUCCUUUAUUAAAAGGAAAAAUUUAAUCUGUUGAUAGUGCUUAGACUAUAGGAACCCCAAAAAAAAAAUAAAAUUUAUAAUAGGCUUAACUCUAAAUGAAACCAUCAAAAUUUUCUAAACAAGCACAAAAUAAACCUUUAUUAAAAUAUGCUAAAAAAGAUUGA